GCCCUUCUGAUGCAACGGUGGUUAUGCAAAUACCCACAGGAAUCUUGGACCUUUGAUGAAGAGACAUUCAAGAAGCUAGAGCCGGUGCCUAGUGAAGGAACAGAGCCCAGGGAUUGGUUUACAGCGGCCAAGAAAGCCACCACGGAAGGGAUUCAGUACAAUGUUGAUCCACUCAAAUCACAAGAGAAGACCAAGCAAGAAGAGAAGACCAAGCAAGAAGAGAAGACCAAGCAUGAUGAGACAAAGAAACAGUGCGAGCCUCCAUUCAAAGCCUCACUGGUUGAUGUGCUCAUCAGUGUUGGUUUCAGAACGACAGAAGAGCUACGAAGCUUGGCAUCAUUGAAGGCUUGGUCGGCGCUUGAUUCCACGGGCGACAUCACGCAACUACUUGGAGCUGCCUUAGGGGUAUUCAAAAGCCUCAUGGCUGAUGAGGGAGAUGCCAAACGUACGCCAGGAUCUGUGAUCCCAAGUGGAGAUAAAGACCCUGCUGAACUGUGCCGGCGUAUUUGAAUCCAAACUGAUACUUGCAAUUGGGCUCGGCCGAGGCCACCGAUGUGCUUUCUGAAUUUGUUGUCGGCAUCGUGGUUAAAGCAGCGUAUUGCUCCACAUCACACCAUUGGCCUGAUGACAGACCCUGUGGCAAUGAAUCGAGAGAUGGGCUUUCCAUUACGGGCGAGGAGGCCUGCGACAGCGGCUGAGGUUGCUCUGGGCUUGGUGUCUCAAGCGUGGGUGUUGCUUGUCCCUCAGACGCAAUUGUCUUGGCGACCUUGGUAUUCCUCUUGGCGCCUCCGGCUUUGCGUUUGUCAUCGCUGUCGUUGCUUUGGGCUUGCAAGAAGGAGUUUGUU